CAAUGCAACACGGCUUAGAAUUUUCUCUCAGCCUGUUUUGGUUCAUAAACCAAUUCAGGCUCCCUGUUGACUUAUCUUCAAUCCUUCAAUAGGAAUCAUUGAUUCAGAGAAUGGAAUUGUUUUGAAGAAACAAAGUUUAAGCAAAUACUGCAAAUCAAUGGGAAAGUUUCAGUGGGAUAAACACCAUGAGUCUUUAAGCCUUUUUCUUUAUCUUGUCAUUUUCUUCUCAUAUCAGCUGCCUUCUUCAGCAUACACGCUUCCAGACAAGUAUUUCAUCAACUGUGGAUCAAACAUCGCCGUAAACGUCAGUUUCCAGACCUUUGUUGGUGACUCGAAUUCUGAUGUUUCAUUUACGAAACAAAACAGCUUUGUCACAGACAACAGGCAGGCAUCAGAAACACCACCUCUGUAUCAAACUGCAAGAGUUUUUCGGAAGCAGUCUUCAUAUGAGUUCAAAAUCAAUACUAAUGGCACUUACCUGGUACGCCUUCAUUUCUCCAACUCAACUGAUGUCUCAGAUGCUAUUUUCAAUGUUUCAGCUUCAGGUUUUCUGCUCUUGCAUGAUUUCACUGUCCAAAAAAUUGGCAGCUCUACUAUAACAAAGGAAUUCAUUUUGAGCAUUCCAAUAGGCAAAUUUUUAAUCUACUUUGUACCGCAAGAAUCUUCUUUCGCAUUCAUCAAUGCCAUCGAGGUCUUUCCGGCCCCUCCAGAUUUCAUUUCUGACGAGCCUACACAGAUUAGUCGGACUGGAAACAGCAAUGAUUACAAAGGCCUGCUCUCUCAAGCAUUACAGACGAUUCAUAGGAUCAAUGUCGGAGGCCCUACACUUACACCAGAUAAUGAUACUUUGUUAAGAACAUGGCUUCCUGAUGAUAGUUAUCUGACCAAUUCAGGCAUUGCAAAGAAUAGUCGAGUUCUCUCAGGUAGGCCUAAUUAUGAUAUUGUUACCGAAUUUAUUGCACCAGAUCUAGUAUACAAGACUUCGAAAGAGAUGGCAUCAAACGACUCCAAUAUAACCUGGUCUUAUGAUGUAACCAGAGAUGCUAGGCACUUGAUUCGGGUUCAUUUCUGCGAUGUUAUUAGUAUAUCACUGAAUAUUUUAAGUUUUUUUCUCUAUAUAAAUAGCAACUUCAGCCUGAACAUUAACCCUUACCAAAAAGUGAAUGAUUUCGCGACUCCAUUUUUCAUGGACUUUGUGGUUGAUUCUGAUGAUUCAGGGUUCAUAACCAUCUCCAUAGGGCCUGAUAGUAAUUCUUUUUAUCAAAAUGCUUUUCUAAAUGGCGUUGAGAUAAUGGAAAUGAUGGGGAAAUCUGAUUUGGUCCCUGUAACACAUAAGUCCAACAAUAUGUAUCCCUUCAUUAUUGUUGGUGUGGUCCUCGGAGGUCUUGUUCUUAUCUGCAUCUUUGGAGGUCUGUUGUUUAUUGGAUUGAGACGUAGAAAGUCAAAACAUGUUGAAACUUCAGAAUGGUCACCCUUACCUAUAUUUAAAGGAAGUUCUCAUGGUAAUUCUAAGACACCAAGCAGAGAGGGAACCAUUACUGUUUCCCCUGUGCCUAACUUGAACCUUGGUUUAAGGAUACCAUUAGACGAGAUUCAGUUGGCAACAAACAACUUCGACAAGAAGUUGCAGAUUGGUAAGGGUGGAUUUGGGACUGUCUAUCAAGGGACUCUCCGGAAUGGCUUCAAAGUGGCUGUGAAACGAAGCCAGCCAGGGUCAGGUCAAGGUCUACCGGAAUUUCAGACGGAGAUCAUGGUUUUAUCAAAAAUUCGACAUCGCCAUCUUGUUUCCUUGAUCGGAUAUUGUGAUGAAAGACUUGAGAUGAUACUUGUGUAUGAGUUAAUGGAGAAAGGAACUUUGAGGGAUCACCUAUAUAACGCAAAACUACCUUGCUUGUCUUGGAAGCAAAGGCUCGAUAUUUGCAUUGGUGCCGCAAGAGGACUUCAUUACCUUCACAAAGGUGCAUCUGGGGGCAUCAUUCACCGUGAUGUCAAGUCGACAAACAUCUUGCUCGAUGAGAAUCUUGUAGCCAAAGUAGCUGACUUUGGCCUUUCAAGAUCUGGUCCUCCGGAUCAAUCCCAUGUUAGCACAGGCAUUAAAGGAACUUUUGGUUAUCUUGAUCCUGAGUACUUUAAAACACAACAGCUGACAGAAAAAUCUGAUGUUUAUUCGUUCGGAGUGGUUCUUCUUGAGGUGCUUUGUGCAAGGCCGGCUAUCAAUCCUGCACUCCCAAGAGAGCAAGUGAACCUAGCAGAAUGGGGAAUGCGUUGCAAGGAUAAAGGAUUGCUUGAUCAGAUUGUGGAUCCAUCCAUAAGAGAUCAGAUCAAUCCCAACUCAUUAAGAAAAUUUGCAGAGACAACAGAGAAAUGUUUGCAAGAAGAUGCCUGUGAUAGGCCUGGCAUGGGUGAUGUAGCAUGGGACUUGGAGUAUGCGUUACAGCUCCAGCAAACAGCAGUUGUCCAAGAGCCACACGAGGACAGCGCAUCAAAUGCUUCCGGUAUGCUAUCAUCGCAUGUUUUUCAGCGUUUACCUUCCACAAAUAUCGAAUUUGAGGGAGAUGAUAUGUCUAUCAUAAACGAGGAUGAAUCUGACUCAGUCCCAUCGGCAAGUGGAGUUUUCUCCCAAUUGAAAAUGGAUGAAGCUAGAUAAAUCAUUUGGUUUAUAAAGAAAAGUUUCCCGGUGUAAUGUUUUUUGUUUUACCCUAUGUUUCACAUCUGGAAUUAAAUUUGGCACUGCUAUCAUAAGCAAGACAUUUCAAUUACAGUGUUUGAACUGCAAGAUGUAUAAUAUAACAAUAUAACAACCAUUUUCAAGA